UCCGCCAUUCCGAUAUACUCCGAAAUGUUCCGACGUAUUUCGAAUCGUCCCGAACCAUUCCGAAUUGUUCCGAAUUAUUCCGAAUUGUUUCACUUAUCACGAGUGUAUCAACGUAGCAACGCACCGGCUUCGCGCGCUCCUAGUAAAACAAUUGAAAAAGAAAUAAGGUUAAAAUCAUUUAUUGCACUUUAUAAUAAAAUGACAAACCAAAGACCAAUUUCAUGUGGAUUAGAUCUAUGUUCUGUACCGGAUCUAAAUACUUGCUUGCAUACUGCAACUACAUCUAGAUUUGAAUUUAUAUGUAUACCACUUGUUCAUCCAUUAUUUAAAAGAGAAUUUUUAUCUGGUGUUGUCAAAAAUCGACCAGGGCCAUUAACAAGACCCGAUUUAGUAUUAUGUACUCCUGAUUGGAAUAAUUUAAUUAUUGGAAAAAUAUCUCCUCAUAUAAAAGUCGAUGCUUUAGAUAGUAUAUAUAGGAAAAAUAGUGAAGAAGCUUUAAAUCAAGAAUUAACAUUGGCUACUCAUUUAGGACUGGCAGGAGUUAUGCUUAAAUUAAUAGGUGGCAUAGAAAGAAAUAUUAAUCUUGCCAGAAUUAUAAACAAUAAAUUAUUAGGUACUUGUAAUUAUCAAAUAUGGGUACAAAUUCCUAUGGAAAACCCAUUGAAACAAGCACUUUCGUACAGAGGAGAGGAAGAUGUUGCUGUUGAAAAUUCUUGGGAAUGGUGGAACAGUUUCAGAGCAGUUUGCGAUUAUGAAAAGAAAUUAGCAAUUGCUUUGGUUAUAAGUCAUGAUCUUCCUGAACCAGAAGAGAUAGAUAGAUGGCUUGGGGAACCAGUGAGAUGUUUGAUACUGCCAACAACUUUAUUUAUAACAAAUAAAAAAGGAUAUCCAGUGCUAAGCAAAGCGCAUCAAAUGAUAAUCAAGAAAUUUGCUAUACUGGAAACACAAUUCAUAUUAACAGGAGCAAACCGAUACAGUAGUAUAUCACUUUAUCACAAUUACUUGGACUUUUUAUGGAAGAAUUGUCAAAUAGAUGGGCCAGUAGAACGAUUCGCACGUGGUUACGAAGAUUAUUUACAAUGCCCACUACAACCAUUGAUGGAUAAUCUUGAAUCCCAGACAUAUGAAAUAUUUGAAAAAGAUCCCAUUAAGUAUACCCAAUAUCAAUUGGCUAUGGUUGAAGCGAUAAAAGAUAUAAAUUAUAACAGAAAAACUCAAUUGGAUAAAAUGGUAAUUAUGGUUGUUGGUGCUGGAAGAGGUCCACUUGUACGUGCUGCAUUAAAUGCUGCCGAAUUGACAAAACAAAAGAUUAAAGUAUACGCAGUUGAGAAAAACCCAAAUGCUGUCAACACUCUACUUGCUCUUCAAGGAGAGUUAUGGGGAGACGUAGUAACCAUAGUAUCCAGUGACAUGAGAGAAUGGACUGCUCCAGAACAAGCAGAUAUUCUUGUUUCUGAGCUGCUUGGAUCUUUUGGUGAUAAUGAACUCUCUCCUGAAUGUUUGGACGGUGUUCAACGAUUUUUAAAAGAUGAUGGUAUCAGUAUUCCAUGUUCAUAUACUUCGUUUAUUGGUCCUGUACAAUCUUCUAAAUUGUAUAAUGAAGUACGACAAUGUAAAGAUAAGGACAAACAUCCUCUUGUAAAUUUUGAAACGCCUUAUGUAGUUCAUUUACAAAAUAAGUAUGACAUAGCAAAGCCUCAACCUUUAUUUACAUUUUAUCAUCCAAAUAAAGACAAAAUUAUAGAUAAUAAUAGAUACGAGAUGAAGACUUUUAACGUGAAACAAAAUUGUAUACUUCAUGGAUUUUCUGGUUAUUUCGAAGCAGUUUUAUACAAUGAUAUUAAUUUAAGUAUAGAACCAAGUACACAUAGUCCAGGAAUGUUUAGUUGGUUUCCUAUUUUCUUUCCUAUUAAGGAACCAAUUCGGUUGGAAAAAGGGAAAAAAAUAGUAUUGCAUUUUUGGCGCAAAUGCAAUAACAAAAAUGUUUGGUAUGAAUGGUGUGUUAGUGAACCAAUUGUAGGAUCUAUUCAUAAUCCAAAUGGACGAUCUUAUACCAUUGGUUUAUAACGCAUACAUAUAUAUGUAUUUUACAAUGCGCUUUACCUUUGUUCUAGUAUUAUCAAAACGAUAAAUAAAUAUAAUUAUUUUAA